AUGACCUUGCUGUGUCUCUUCCUGUCAGUCAUGGCUUCCUCCAGCAGUCUCCUGUCUGAAGAUCAGCUCCAGUGCUCUAUCUGUCUGGAUGUGUUCACUGAUCCAGUCACGACUCCAUGUGGACACAACUUCUGCAUGGUCUGUCUCAAAGAGUGCUGGGACAGCAGUUCACGCUGCCAGUGUCCAGUUUGUAAGACAGAUUUCUCCAAAAGGCCUGAUCUGUGUGUGAACACGUUCAUCUCUGGACUGGCUGCUCAGUUCAAGAAGUCAGAUCAGGUGAAAUCCAGAAGAACCCCAAAUAAACCCUCCAGCUCUCAGGUGCUCUGUGACAUCUGCAGUGGAAAGAAGAGUCCAGCUCUGAAGUCCUGUCUGAUCUGUAUGACCUCUUACUGCGAGACUCACCUGGAGCCUCAUCAGAGAGUUCCUGCCUUCAAAAGCCACAAAAUUAUUAACGCUGUGGAGAACCUGGAGGACUAUAACUGCCAGAAACAUGGGAGACCCCUGGAGCUGUUCUGUAGAGACGACCAGACGAGUGUGUGUCAGUUCUGCACUGAGACAGACCACAAGACUCACAGCACUGUUCCUAUAGAGGAGGAGAGUGGAGAGAAGAAGACUCGGCUGGUAAAGACACAGGCAAAAGUUCAGCGGAUGAUCCAAAACCGACUGAAGAAGAUUGAGGAAAUCAAACACUCUGUAAAACUCAAUAAAAAAAACACAGAGAAGGAGAAAGCAGACAGGGUGGAGGUCUUCAGAGCUCUGCUGCGCUGCAUUGAGAGAAGCCAGGCGGAGCUGCUUGAGGUGAUGGAGGAGAAGCAGAAAGCAGCAGAGAGGCAGGCUGAAGAGUUCAUUAAAGAGCUGGAGCAGGAAAUCACUGAGCUAAAGAGGAGAGACACUGAGCUGGAGCAGCUCUCCCACACUGAGGACCACCUCCACCUCCUACAGGUUUACCCGUCCCUCUGCAGCCGUCCACACACCAAGAACUGGACUGACGUCAGGAUUAACACUCAUCUGAGGGUGGAGACUCUGAGGAGAGCUCUGACUCAGCUUCAGGAAGAGCUCAGUAAGGAGAUGGAGAGGGUUGUGGAGAUUGGUGAAAAUAAGAGAAUUCAGCAACAUGCAGUUGAUGUGACUCUGGAUCCUGAUUCAGCUCAUCCUGCUCUCGUUCUGUCUGAUGAUGGUAAACAGGUCACAUGUGGAGACACAGAACAGAAUCUUCCUGAAAAACCAGAGAGGUUUGAUCGUUGUGUCUGUGUUCUGGGAAAGGAGGGGUUCUCCUCAGGGAGAUUUUACUAUGAGGUUCAGGUCAGUGGGAAGACUAAGUGGGCAAUAGGAGUGUCCAGAGAGUCCAUUAACAGGAAGGGGUUGAUUACACUGAGUCCUGAGGAUGGAUACUGGACUGUGUGGCUGAGAAAUGAGUCUGAAUAUGAGGCUCUGGACUCUCCUUCUGUCCCCCUCUCCUUGAAACAGGCUCCCCAGAAGGUGGGGGUGUUUGUGGAUUAUGAGGAGGGUCUGGUCUCCUUCUAUGAUGUUGAGGCCAGGUCUCAUAUCUACUCUUUCACUGGUCAGUCUUUCACUGAGAAACUCUAUCCAUAUUUCAGUCCCUGCCCCAAUGAUGGAGGUAAAAACUCAGCACCGCUGAUCAUCACACCUGUUGAUCAUGAUAAAUGAGGCUCUUUUACCUCAUAAAAUCACUUUAAUCCAGAAUAACGACUUCUUCUGACAAACACCUCCAACUUUUUAAUCAUGUGUAUAGAAUGUAGAGAAGCUGAUUUUAUGCUAAAAUGGCGUCACAGUAGUGUUCAUCAUUAGAAAAUGAGCAGAGUUUAUCUGUACAAACCUGCAUUUUUAUACAGCUGAGAUGUUUGUAGACCAAACUGAGCUGAGAGGAGAUGAAGAUACUGAGUGAGAACAUCUGCUUCUUCUUCCAGACAGAAUAAAGUCUCAAAUAAAUAAACCUACUGUGUCUUUCAGUACUAAGAAGACUGAACCUGAGAUGCGACGUUAAAGAAGAGUAAUGUUACUAAGCAUCUACAGUAAGUUUAGAUGGUUCACCUGCACAGAGCAGAACUGCAUAUACACUGUAUAAGAACACAGCUACACUAAUGCUGUUUCUAUGAUGGAGUUCUACUGAAUUUGGUGGAGAUAAUGAGAGAUUUUAGGGCAUCGUAAUAAAGCAGGUGGAGGUUCCAGCCUGGGCUGCACUUUCCUUCUGUCCUACAAACACUGUGGAGCUUCUGGGAGAGUGAGAUCCAUCAUGAAGAGGAUCAAGGGUUUCUAGCGUCAGUGUACAUGACUUCAGUGAGUUUGAACUGAUUUAGCUCUUUUAUUUAGCUUAUUUUAGCAAUGAGGCUUGUAAAGCUUUGGUAAUGUCUUCACUGUGUUUGUAGAGCACAAGUACAGUGAAGAGUGGUUUCCAUACAAAUCCAUGGUUAUUAGUGAUGUUUCUAUCAGAGAUUUAAUGCUGAUUCAUCAUAAGCUUUUGCCUGUUCUACAUAAAUAAAUGACAGAUCCUGAUUCAGUCUUAUCUUUUA